GGCAACACUCCUGCCAGCUGUCAUCCAUCAUCCAAUUAAAUCACAAACGAAAGUUGUUUUCGACUUGUAAAUAAUAAAUGGUAAAUAAAUUAUUGCAUAUACGACCUUGAAGUGUAAUUUUACUUGGAAUAUUCAUUAUCUUAUCACGUACAUGCAUCGAAAGUGGUAUUUUCCUUUCUGUUACACGUAAUGAAACCAACGGACUGAUUGAUUAUCACUAGACUUAAAAACUGUUAUCUGAUUGAUUAUGUUGCAAUAUGGCACAAAAUAACGAUCUAACAAGCAGCCUCCAAACUCAUUUUAUUUGUGAUGUCUGUAACAAAUUGUUCACUACAAAAUACUCUAUAGCGAAACACCUUCGGACUUGUGGUGUGGCGAACUCGUUGAAAUGUCAGUGGUGUAAGAUAACUUUUAAAAAUCGGGGCAACUUAGUCACACACGCUGCUCGCAUUCAUGGCGAUUACAGUUACAAAGCUGCCUCAAACUUCAAGUGUCAAGUGUGCGAGAAAACAUUCAACCAGAGAUUUCAACUCACAUACCACAUACGGAGAGAACACUUCAACCUACAAGCCAAGACGCCUUACUGUGAAUUAAAAAAAAUAAACCAAGUGUGGUUUGAAAAUGUUCUAAAUUCAAACAGUGUCUUGGAAAUCAAAAAAACUGGCCACAACACUCUAGUGAUGAGAAAACUUGACCAGAACACUGGUAUAAAAGUCAGUGAUACCAACACAAAAAUAACAGAUCUAUCAAGUUUAUAUCCAGUACAUAAUAGGUCUAAAGUCAAAGUCCAAUGUCAUAUAUGUAAAAAAAUGUAUCUGAAAAUCACAAUUAAAAAACAUAUGGAUGAAAAACACACUAAUGUGAGGAAACAUGAGUGUAAUAAUUGUAACAAGACUUUUAAAAGAGCUUAUUUCUAUUUACAGCAUGUGUGUAAUAAGAUACCUAAAAGGAAAGGAAAGAAAUCCAUUGUUAUUGAGAGUGUGCAAAGUUUAAAACCAAUCGAAAUAUCAUAGUUUUUUACAGUCUUGAACCAUCAGGAAAAAUUAAUUAAAUUAAAAUUAAUUAAAAAUCAAGAAAUAAGCAUUACAAGAGAAGCAGUACAAUGAUCCCCACACUAUAAAAAAAAAGCUGUAUCAUUAGGUAUUUAAACAAAAGUAAACAAACAAUUUGUACAUUUUCGGGUAGUUAUAACAUUUAUUGGUUAAUCAACCACAUAAAAAACCGCCUAGAUCUGUGACUGAACGACCUGACUUUAACCUACAAUAUUUGAUCAUGUAAUGUUUCCAUCUACCCUCAACUGGCUUUUAUUUAAAUACCUAAAGAUACAGAGUAUACGCUCAGCCUGUAACGUGGGAAUCUCAGAGAAGCAAUAAAAGAGGGGUAUAAGUUUCACUGCUAUGCAUGUGCGUUUGUCUGUGACACUAGCUUGUAAACAGGUUUGUCUGCGGUUUUUUUUAUUUGAAAACCGGUUUUCUAGCGCUGGUUCUUAAACACAUUUUAUCAAAAUCGGUUCAUCCCUUUCAUUGCGUUGGGGUUUUUUAUUUAUUUAUUUAUAUGAAGUUGUAAGGAUGUUGUAGGGUGUGUGUAUAUUUAUUUUUGCACUUGGAAAGGUGAUUGAAUAUGUGAAUUAUGGAAUUACUAGGAUCAAAUUUAUUGUUACCCUAACUUCAUACACCUGAUAUUUAAAAGCAUAAUAUUUCGUCAGUUGACUACCAGUAUAAGGUGAGAGUCAGAAUGGCGGGUGUACCUAAAUAAAAUCAAAUGAAAAGCA